UGGUGUACAUGUUUUAUGAUAUAAAAAUUUUAAAAAGAUUAUUUACAAACUUUAACGAUUUUCUUCACUAAGCUUGAGUAUCUUUUUUACAAACAUCUUCCUAAUGGCAUAGUUCCUACGGUUACUAAGAAUUUAAAUUUCCCUUGACAUUUUUGUCAGAUUGCUUUUAGCAGCGGCAGGACCGUCACUUUGUUUACUUACAAUUUUGUUCUUUUUAUCUCGAAUAUAAAUGAACUAAUAACAAAUGGUUCCCAAAAACAAAUUGAAAACCUAUGCUGGUCCAAACAAAAGCCUGGUAAACACCUCCGUCGAUGUAUUCAACAAAUUAUUGGCGAAGAACUUAUCAAGAAGGAUAAUAGGAGUGAGGAAAAACAGAAAGCAAAAGAAAACCUUUAUAAAAGAAUUGCCUGAAAGAGCAGGUCGCACCCUGCUAACUGAUGACUCCUUCCACAUUUCUACAGAAGAUACAUUUGACAAGCUAUUAAAGACAUCUAUUAAAAAUAAUGUUGGUCGGAGAUCCCUUUUAAAGUAUGGAAACAAGUCAUCAAGAUCACCAGUGUGGACAAGGAGUAAAAGCAAGAGUUUUUCUCGAAUUGAAAACUCUGCUUCACAAAAUGGGUUAGGAAGCCUAGUUAAAACGAGUGGUGUUAGUGAGAGUGCUUCUCAAGGUGGUGCUUGGCAAAUAUCAGAUGCAUCAAAAACAAAACAUACUUCAUGUAGUGUAUGCAGAACACCAGUUCGGAUGCAGCCUGAUGGUAGUGUUUCACAACACAGAAACAUUUUUCAAGCAUCAGAUAGACAACAUGAUAAAAGCUCCAGUAACUUUCUUUUGCAAAGGUUUCAACAAACUACAAUUGAUCCUGUGUAUGACAGUAUAGCAGUAGAAGUAGUCAAGCCAGCUAGGAAAAGUGUGUAUUCACCAAUAAGUUAUAUCAAGGUACCUGAUGUAUCCAAAAUAAAAAAUGUCUCUGCUGACACCACACUGCCAUACAGUUUCGUAAAAAGCUUCAGGGAUCAACCUGUAGCCAACAGUACACCAUUUCAGCCUAAUAGACAUAGGACUGUGUUCCAAUCAAAAGAACCAGAUACCUUGGAGGGCACAAAUAUACUGCAAAAGUCGCUUGCAGAGAUACAGAGUUGGGGUGAAAAAGUCCCCGAUUUUACUGAUCCAGCAAAAGAAACCGAAAAGUCCAGAAGUAGCCUGGAUGCACUGCCAGAAUUAUAUGGAUUCGCUCACAGUGCACCAGUUACAUCAGAGGCCCAAAGGAGAAGAUGUUCACUGCAAAAGUUUACAAGUAGUGCACCAGAGCGCUACCACAAUACUCAUUCACUAGUUGUUAGUUUAGAAGAAUUCAAUCAGUUCCAAAGCAAGAACAGUUUCUAUAUCAGCGGUCAAAAUUCUAAUGGGGUUGUACACUCUAUGUCUGGAAGUGAGCAUACUGUGCAAAACGAUUUUGUGACAAAAAGACGAAGAAUUGUAAAAAAUGUCUCAACUGAUGAUAAUUUAUUGACGAGAGAGUGUUUAGUUGUUGUAGAAAGGUGUGAUGAAGCAUACAAAAAUCAACUUAGUAGAAGAUCUCAUUCAUCUGAUAAUACAUCUGUUAAUUCAGUCUGUAGUAACGUGUCUGAUAAAGAAUUUGAAGACUUCUAUGCUAAGAAUCAUCAAAGUGUUAAAGAACAGUAUGCAACAGAUAGAAGACAAUUAGUUGUUAAGCUGACUAACAUUGACAUCAGCAAGUCUCUCAAAAUAACUAACACUGCCAAUAGUGAUCUGCCAGAAAACUCCCAUAAUAAAGAUUCUAGGAAAUUAAGUAAAUCAUAUAAAAGUAACAAGGUAGAGUUAAGUAAUGAUCUUGGGAUAAAUGUUACACGACAUGAUUGUCCUGUGAAGGACCUUGUGGUGAACUUGACACUUGACAAAUUUGAUACAAAUACAGCUCAAACUGAACCCAAAAUUGAAGAAAAAAAUCUUGUUAUAGAACUAACUUUAAACGAUUUUAUGAAUGUAGACAAAUAUGAAAAUUCUAGUAAAUUAGUUGACGUAUCUUGUCAAGUGAAUGCAGUGUGUUCUCAGAUAAUUGAUCUUACAGAUUCAAUCCAGAAUGUUACAAAGACUGACCAUAGAUAUAGUGAAACAUUUACUGAAACUAAAAUAACGAAUAUAAAUAACUGUGAUGGUAAUGCAAUACCAGAAGAAACCAAUGACGAUCAAGACCAAAGUAAUUCUGAUAACCGUUUGACGAAUCUAGACAAUACAUUGUUAGAUACUCAUGGAAAACGUACAGAAGAAAUGAAAAAUGAAGUAGAUAAUUUGAACGAGUUGUCCGUCAAUGGAUCGGUAGAUGUGAUAGACAGCUCACUUAUUGAGGCGCGUCGUGUAGAAGAAAAUAUUUUUAAAGUACCUGAACCUAUCAAGAAGAAAUCUGUCUUGCUGAGGGCGGGCAAACACUGGAGGAGGUCUCUAAGUGUUUAUAAGAACGUUAGCAUAAUUUCGGAAGAUGUCCAGGAUGAUGACGGUGCUUCUGGAACAUCUUCUGAAGCUGGGACUACCACAAAUGAUACUUUAUCAGGACGGAACAAACGAGUUUCUGUGAGAAUUGUUCCUUCGAAUUUAUCUGUGAUAACUAGAAAAAGUAGAAAGACCUCAGUCCUAAAAUAUUACGCAGCUGUUAGUGGUUAUGUUCCAACCGAAGCAGAGCAACGUGAACAGCAGCGUGGUCGAGAGGAAAAUUUGGAAAAUAGCUUUAACAGUCUAUCGAUAAGAGAGCCCACCUUACUUCAGCUUCAUCGUCAGCCUGUUACAGCCAGGGAAAUCGUACUCAGUCGAUGUCAACAGGCAGAGCCAUGGAAAUUUUUGGAUUGUUACCCAGACAGUGUUCUGCAACACUGUCAGAAAAUUGGAGAAGGGGUUUAUGGAGAGGUAUAUCUCCUCAGAAACCCCAAAGGUGGCACUUCAGUAUUGAAGAUCAUUCCAAUAGAAGGCAGCCUCAUGGUUAAUGGAGAAAGGCAGAAGAAAUAUGAGGAAAUUCUAUCUGAAAUAAUAAUCUCAAUGGAACUGAGCAACCUCAGAAAAAAUCCUGUGAAUUCGACAAGUGGUUUUACUGAACUCCAAGAGGUGAAGUGUGUUCAAGGCUGCUAUCCUGAAAGGCUAAUUGAUCUGUGGCAUCUGUAUGAUGAGACAAAAGGCAGCGAGAAUGAUUGUCCAGAUUGUUUCCUAGAUGAUCAACUUUACAUCAUUCUGCAACUAGCUGAUGCUGGGAAGGAUUUAGAGUCCUUUGUCUUUGCCAAUGCACAACAAGCCUUGGCGAUGUUCAAACAGGUGGCUUUUGCAUUAGCUGUGGCAGAAGAAGAACUACAUUUCGAGCACAGAGAUCUGCAUUGGGGCAACAUCCUAUUGAAACAAGUUGAUAAGAGCACCAAGAUCAGAUUCACGUUAAACGGGAACACCUAUAUCGUGCCGACUAAAGGCAUUCAAGCAACCAUCAUUGACUUCACCCUGUCCAGAGUUGAACAUGAUGGCGUUGUUAUAUUUAACGACCUCAGUUUGGAUCCAGAUCUGUUCACUGCUGAGGGUGAUUAUCAGUUUGAUAUAUAUAGGCUGAUGCAGAAGGAGAAUGGAAAUAAUUGGCAGAGUUUUGUACCUCAUACGAAUUUGUUGUGGUUACACUACAUAUUGGACAAAUCAAUAACAUUAUUACGCUACAAAAAUCCAACAAGGAAGCUGCACAAAGAAUACAUCAUUAAGCUCAAGGAACUUGAAGACGUCGUGUUGAGCUGCAGAAGCGUCAAGGAUUUUGUGUUGCAUUGUUUAACAUAAGCAAAUAAGCAUAUACACGAGUAGGUAAUGCAAAUAAUAGUAUACUACUUCACCUACAAAAUGAUACUGUUUGAUAUGGAUGUUGAACAAUGCAUGAAUAUAUGUAUAUCUUAUUUUCCCUUUGAGGACAUUCACUGGUAAGACGAUUAUUGUAUCAAAUCAACAAACAUACAUAACAUUAGCUUGGGGCAAAAACAUUCGUGAUGUACUAAAAGAAUAUUCUUUGUCUGAAGCUAAACAUCUCUUUAUUGUUUUGUCUAGAGUAUACCAACUUUUUAUUAUUUAUUUCAUUUUGCGUGUAAUUACAUUGAGUUAAAAGUUGUACGAGUUGUUUUAUUCCGUUUGUUGAGCAGUCUGAUAGCGUCUUACUUUGGUAACAAAUGGGUGAAAUAAAUAUGUCAGUUUACAAGGAACCGUUCGAUUCCUACAUUUGUGACAAAAGAUUCUUGAUGAUUUUCUAUGAAAUGACAUCUUGAUCAACUCCCUGUUCAGCCAGUAUUGUUUACAAAAGGUGAGGUGACGUUGUAGUUUUUUUUUCAUAGUCAUGCUGAUCAGAUUCAUCAGCUACGUUUUAUGCAGUUAGAUUGAUAUAUUGAAAGAUGCAUAUUUAUUUUGAUAAUGCUUUUUGUUUGCAGAUUUUUACAGAUACUGCCAUUAUUUACGUUUUGUGCGAAUUUUUAAUCGUAGGUUUAGUAAGAGAUGGGCGCGUUAGUAUUACUCUGAUUAUGUUUAGGAGUGUAGGCCACUGGCGUAUCCAGAAACAUUUUUUGGAUGGAGGGGUUGAGGGCGGAUCCAUCCUUUGAGUGAGGGAAGUCACAGUCACAGUAUUAUACAGGGUGGUUGAUAUGUAACUGACUGGUUUGUAUCUUGAAUAUUUGUGAAAUGAAAUAAAGUACGUCCAUUUUUUCAUUUUAAUAUUUUAUUGAAACUUAGAAAUUAUGUAUAAAAAGUAAUAUCAGACAAAUGUCCGCAUCUAGAAGCCGCGUAAAUCUGAGCCCUCUUGAUUCCAUUUUCAAUCACUUGCUGGUAGGUUUUGGCAGGAAUAUUUUUAAUCGCUUCCGUAAUAUUGUUCUUCAACUGCUCUACAGAAUUUGGUUUGUUGGCAUAAACCCUAUUUUUCAAAAAUCCCGAUAAAAAAGUCAGGAGCCGUUAAAUCCGGUGGCCUUGGUGGCCAGUUGACAUCACCAAAUCGAGAAAUUAAACGUCCUGGAAAUAUUGUUCGCAAAAGAUACAUUGUCUCUGUAGCUGUGUGACAAGUUGCUCCGUCCUGCUGGAACCACAUUUUUUGCAGGUUAAAUUGUUGGAUUUGAGGAGCCAGAAAGUUUUGCACCAUAUCACGGUAGCGCUCGCGUGUGGCAGUAAGAUAAUUGCGUACAGCGUCUUCAAAGAAGUAAGGUCCAAUGACACCUCCAUCCCAACACCGCACCAAACUAUAAUCAAUUUCAAGCGGAUAAGCAAAUGAAAAUGGUAUUUACCAUUUUGGGUUGGUAUUUACCGAUCCAUUCAAGCGAGUGUGGUUAUCAGCUUGGUUAUAAGAUCCGUGACGUCAUGAAUCAGCUGUUAUAUGUCAUAGUUAUCACCGCAAAAUUGUGGUAUUUACCCAACUCUGGAGUAGUUUUAUAUUUCUGGUUAUUAUUUGAAAUGUGACAAGUUAGAAUUUUGCCGGGUAUUGGAUAUUGUUAUUGCACUUCAGCUUCAUUUUUGGGAAACUUGAUACAGGCUGACUUCAGUUUUACCAUAAAGUGGAGCACCUUAUUAGUUAUACUCAUUACUGUUGUUGGGGACACUUUAAAUAUAGUUCCUAAGCUUAAAAAAGUAUCCUGUGUAGCCAUAUACCACAAGAAUAUUAAAAUAUGGCCAUAUAAACUCACUAGAUGAUGACCACCUGAAUACGGUUUUGCUAAUUUCUUUUUUCAUCAUUUCUGCUGAAUCAAUAAAUGUUGUCUUUGACAUGCGGAAAACUUUAGAGAAUUGAAAGUUAUCAUAGCCACAAAGCCAUGAUUCCAUCAUUAAAAAAAAAUUCUGAAAAAAGAACAUUUCUCCCAUGAAUAUAUGAAAGGUUUCUUAUUUAAACUUUCCAUACACAGUUGUAGACGAAAAAGCACCGAUUAUUAAGUGAUAAUAAAAAUAAUCAGAGAUCAUAUACGCGCUUUUCUAAAAUAAACAACUUGCAACAAAACCGCGGUUAAAACCAACGCGUUCAAGCGAUUCCUGUAACUGACGUCAUCAACCCGUGUGUCAUCUUGAACCAUAUAACCGCGGCACAUAACACAGAAAUUUUGGUUAUUCGCUUGGAUUUGAUUUAUAUCUCGACAAGGAUGUAGUGUCGUUGAUGGAUGACAAGACUGUUAUCUAAUAUCCAGAUAUGACAAUUCUGCUUAUUAACAGAUCCAUUCAUAUCGAAGUGGGCUUCAUCGCUCAUUAUCAGUUGUCGGUGAAAAUUGUUAUUUUGGGUAGUGAGCUGCAAUGCUGCAUGACUAUUGUCGGCGACUUUCAUGGUCACUAAGCUGUAGUUCUUGGGUUAAGUGAACUCUGUAUGGCUGCAAUUGGAAGUCUUUUUUUAAAAUAGUGCAUAAUGACGUGCGACAAAUAUCCGGUUCUUGAGAACGAUGUCUGGUAGACGUCUCGGGGCGCUCCACUACACUUUCACGAACUCUCUCGAUAUUUUCCGGAGUACGAGCAGUUGGAAAAUCUUGUCGUAUCUCCCGAAUCGUUGCAACAAUCCACUCAUUAAGUAAAACCUUUUAACAAUACGGGCGCGUUUUGGGAUCGUGUGGCGCUCCAUGAUGAAUUGGACACGUGCUUUAAACAACUACUACGGCGCCACCUGCUGAAAUGAGUGUAUCAAUAAUGGCGCUUAAUUUUAAUUAUUCAGUUAUUUCUUGGCCAGCCUGUAUAAGGAACUCGAAUUAGAUCAUUGGAUUCUGGGGGGCGUUUUUAGCCCCAACGCUCCUCCUAAUGAAUACGUUAGUGGUGUAGACUUUAAGACUACUUUCAUUAAAAAUUUAAUCAAAAAGUUAUGUUUUCACUUUUCAGAGUACUACUUCAGGUUUCUCACGUUUAAUAUUUAGCAAUUUCUGGUCAGAUAUUUAAAAAUUAAUGUCACUAAUUGAACUGGUUACUUUCUGAAGUAUGAACAGUUGAUUUUAACAAGUGCCCUCUUGCGUUAAUAAUUAUUCAUUGUUUGAAUCCAUGGCAGAACUUCAGAACUAUUUACACCAAAUAUGUAUCCACCAAACUGGCCCAUUACUAGAUUUGGCGGAUUCAAUAAUCAUUUACCAGUAGAUUGAAUAUGAAGUAGUUCUUAUAGUGUUGGUACGACAGAAAAAGCAAAAGGCCUAUUUCUCAGGCUUUGCCCCCCUGCCACUACUACUACAUCAAAUAUUGAUUGAAAAUUUCUCACAUGACUUGCAAUGUAGUCACAAGCAUUUUCAGCCAUGUUGCUUGAUUUGUUCUAAUUGUAUACCAAACCUUUCUUAAUUAAUUUAUGUAAAACAAAUCACUCACUCAUUACGUGCCCUUCUCUCAACGUAAAUAUAUUUGACAAUCUUGAUAAGUAUUUGAGGUUGUCUACAUGUUUAAACAGCUAAUAAUAAUUGAUUUUCAGUCCGUUUUUGUGUGUUUGUUGUAUUUGUAUAUUUAUACUUAUUUUGGGAUAUAAAUUUAAAAAAUAUGUAAGAAAGUGUUCAUAUAGAAGUAUAAUUAUUACUUAUCAACAUAGGUGCCUUAUAACAACAAACAGGCAAUAUUCUAAACUGUUUUUCAUAUAUGCUUGACUGUAUAAAUUGUAUUGUACUUUUAUAGUUAAUAAAAUUUGUGUUUUUUAA